UGGUCGUUCGUAUAGGAUUCCGGCCGUGGCGCUUUAUUGUCAGUACGACGCACGUGGUGUGCGCUCGAACAGACGUUUCUCCGUCGCUGUCGCUUUCGCCGCCAAAGUAAAAUUCUCGUCGGCGUGAAAAGUGUAUUUCAAAUUUCAACUGUUCGUUUCUAAAAUAAAAAUAAUACAUACCAAUCGUCCCGGUUUGUUUGCAACCGUAAUUUUUAAAUAUUACAAAAUCUGUUAUUUUUUCGCGCGUCUACCGUUUCGUCGCUUGUCGUAAUAUUAUUUAUCAUAUGUACUGUGUUUUUGCAAUCACUUAGUACCUAUUAUAUUAUACGCGUCGUUAUUGCCGGUUUGUUUUGUUGUUCGUUUAUUUUUUCGUUAUUUUUCACCGUUGUGCUGGUCGAGGAUAUCGAAGUAUAUAUAUUAACCCGUGUCCACCGAAUGAGGGUGCCGUUUCGUUGCCAACCGGACCGUCCCGUGCCGGCGACGGGCGGCCGGCGGCUGCGUCCGUCGUCGCGUUGACGUCCCAGCGGUAUCCGGAUGUGGCCGAGCCAUCGCCCGUAUGCGGGUGAACCGAUGACCUGUUUGCGGUUUAUGAGCAGGAGGAGGAUCGGGAGGAGCGGCUGCAGCGACAGCAGCGGCACGCGUUCGGCCACGGUCCGCCAUCACCGGUUGCGGUCGAGCAUCACCUAGGCGUCACCACUACAGACAUCGAAACCACCACGGACAUCACCGCCUCCGCGGCCAUCAUACGCAUGAUUUCCGCCCUGGACGUGGUCGCGUUCGGCAACGACAGCUCGCCGCUGACGGUCACCGGCAAUGACACGGCGGGCGGCGCCGGGUCCUCGUCCAACGACACGGCCGCCAACGGUGUCAUUCAGUUCCUCGACGACGACCUGUCGUUCCCCGGCUACAUACGCACCACGUGCAUGGUGGUGUGUGUCAUCAUUCUGGGCGUCGGCGUGGUCGGCAACAUGAUGGUGCCGAUAGUCAUACUCAAGUCCAAGGACAUGCGUAACUCGACAAACAUAUUUCUGAUGAACCUGAGUAUCGCCGACCUCAUGGUGCUGCUCAUAUGCACGCCCACCGUAUUCGUGGAGGUCAAUUCCAGACCGGAAACGUGGGUGCUCGGCGAGGAAUUAUGUAAAGCAGUACCUUUCGUCGAGCUUACGGUGGCCCAUGCUUCCGUACUGACCAUACUGGCCAUCAGCUUCGAGCGAUAUUACGCCAUUUGCGAACCACUGCGCGCCGGUUACGUAUGCACCAAGACCAGAGCAAUGAUCAUCUGUCUGCUGGCCUGGGGACUGGCUGCACUGUUCACUAGCCCCAUGCUCAGGCUACCCGACUACCACUGGGAAGAGUACGUGGACGGUACGCUGGUGCCGGUGUGCCGUACCGAGGCGUUCACCGUGUGGCCGGUACUGUUUUUCGUCGGCACCAUAUCGGUGUUCUUCGUGGUGCCGCUGUUCGUGCUGUCCAUACUGUACGUGAUCAUCGCCCGACACCUGAUGGCCAACCCGGGAACGGUGGCGCCCAACACCAACCGGGCGGCGCUCCGGUACCGCCGGCAGGUGGUGCUCAUGCUGGGCACCGUGGUCGUGUCCUUCUUCAUGUGCCUGCUGCCGUUCCGGGCGCUCAUCCUGUGGAUCAUCCUGGCGCCGCCCGACUACAACAUCAUGGAGCUGCUGGGCGUCAAGAACUUCUACCUGUUGCUGUUCUUCAGCCGCAUCAUGUUGUACAUAAACUCGGCGCUCAACCCCAUCCUGUACAACCUCAUGUCGUCCAAGUUCCGGGACGGGUUCCGGCGGCUGUGCGGCCUGCGCCGCGGCCCGUGGGCCAACCGGCACCUGGGCCGCAAGGGCACGGUGACGACGACCUCGGCGCACGCGGGCGGCUCGGCCACCGGCGGCACGACCACGACCACCACCACGGCCACGUCGAGCGUGAAGAGCGACGGGGGCGGCAACGACCGGGCCACCGCGGCGGCCACGGCCAACAUGUACGCCCGGAUGAAGCGCAACGGCGUCACCGUCGUUUCGGCCGUCGACCGGAGUGACCGGACGGCCGGAGGCCGGCGCAUCAUCAACCGGUUGAACGACAUCACCGCGGCGGGAAUGCUGAAACUCCAUCAGCCGUCGCCGCACGAGAGUUACGUCUGAUGUGCACUCAGCUAAAAUUAUAAUAAUAUAAUAUAAUAUAAUUAAAUAUAGUCAUCGCCAUAAUAAAAUAGAUCUGAACUGCUUAUUAAAAUAAUAAUAUUAUAUUCGUUGUGAUAUAAAUGUAUAAAUAUUGUGUGUUUGUGUGUGUGUGUAUGUUUGUGAGUGUGUGAGUGUGAUAAAAAGUUUGGUCGGAAAUCUGGUAACAUUUUUAUAAGGGUAAAGGGUACCUAUGUAUUGCAAAAUUCUUUUUAAUUUUUCUAUUAUUUUUUUUCUAUUAACGAGCAUUUAAAAUCACAAAAAAUGAAAAUUAUUUUAUACGUGAAACUCCAUAAGUUUUUCGAUUUUUAAUACCUAAGAUGUUUAUUUUUAAGUAAAAACAAUUUCUAUGGUAUAAAAGUCAGAACACUGCGGUAGAAGAGUUCGAUCGUAACCCCUCUGAUGAUUUAUAGCGAUGAAAUUUCCUACCACAAAGUAUUCGUAGUAGACAACGAGAAGUAUUUUUUAUGUUAAAACAAUUAUUUAAAUAUUUAAGUAUUCAAUCACACUUUUUUUUAUUAUUAUCAUAAGUCUACCUAUACUCUGUUCACGUCAAGAAUCGUAGUUGGUGGCUAACUAUAAACUUUAGAUUUACUGAUGAUGGUUACUCGGUAGGGAUAAACAAACAGGUGUUGCCUGACCACCACUGACUACGUUUCAUAACUUGAGUAAAAUACAUUCACAUCAUUAUCUAUGAACAAGAUUCAUAAAUUUUAAAUAUCAAAAUUAUUUUUUCAAUCGUUUUAAGGGGGCCAAUUUUGGGGGGUUAGACUACCUUACCAGCAACUCUCAACCACGAUUUUCGCCAAUCGAUCGAAAUCGUAUAAUUUUUUUUUUUUUUUUUGGUGUUUUAACGGUAUUCAGUGUUUGCAUAUGAAACGACUGUUCUUGGACCAAAAUAAUAUUUCUAUAAAGAUUUCAUUCUUCGAUUUUAAUUUUUAUUGCCCCAUACACGAAAUUAAUAGUUUAAAAUUAAAAAUAAGAUAAUAUUGUAUUUAAUCGUAAUCUACCUACUCGAUUUAUAGUUAUAGACACUAAAAAGAACUAUAGUACAACAAACUGUCGACUAUAUAAAAUGAUAAACUAUAAUUAUUCUUGUUUAAUUCAAUUUUUGUAUUGGGUCUAUAAUAAGAUGAUACCAAAAUACCAAAAUAGAUAUGUUGGUUUCUAUAUAGUUCGUGUCACUAGUUAUACAUAUUCGCAAUUCACAUCUAAAUUUUCCUUUAUUUGUAACGACCCUGGAGUAUUGUAAUCGACUUCGAUGUAAAAGACCCUCUCACGGAUAUUGUAUACCUAAGUAGUAUUCAUCAUGAAAUAAACCUAUUUAAAAUCAUAAUGAUGUAAUAUAUCGUAGGCAGGCCGACUAUCUAUUCAGUAUUCAAGAUAGUCGAUUAACGUGAUAGUUAAACAUAAUAUAAUAGGUAAACUAAUACAUUGUUGCUAAUAGUUGUUGUAUAAUAUAAUAACAAUAAUAAUACUAUCUACUCUAAGCAUGUUUAAAUUUAAUGGGUCGACAAAUAUUAUACCAAUACCAUUAUGACCGAUAUAACCGAAAUUGUCACAGUCACACAACAAAACAUUGUGUUGAUAUAAGCCUUACGAUAUAUCUAUGUACAACUUGAAUUAUAUUAUAGCAUAGAUGUAAAUAUAUAAUAUAAUACCUAUCUACUACACAGUAAACCCGACAAGACAUCACCUCUGUUCAUUAUUGCCCCCCCCCCCAAAAAAACUCUUUCGAGUAUCGUCUUUUUUAAAUUUUACGCCACAUAUCACGCCGUUACAUAUCUCCGGUCGAUUUUUUCUUUCGAUAAUUUUUAUCCAUUUCUAUCCAUUUUUAUUGAUUUGUAUCUUUGUACCUAUAUACUUAAAACUAUACUAUAUCCUAUAACAAUAACACGCGUGUAUUUAGAAUACUAUAAUAUGUAAUUUAGUGUAAUACAUGAACGAACCUCCCCACUCCCCAGACCCUCGUCGCACAAAUCGCACGUACCUAUCGAUCAAAAAAUAAUAAUACUUCUGUAACUUAUAAGUACCUAAAUGCAAACACGUUUGUAGGAGGGUUGGAUUCAAUCUCUUUCCUCGGUAAAUUUAAAAAAAAAAAUUAUAUACCUAUAUAUUUUAAAUAGACGUGAUAUCCACAUAGACCAUAAAGUUUGUUAUAAAGAUCGAUGUCAAACACUAUUAUAAUAACGUCAUCAUAACAAUAAAUUUACAAUAUUUUGUGUAUCAAAGAUAAUAAUAUUUAAUGUUUUUCCUUAUGGACCAUCUCCCUUGCCCCCAAAAAUGGUUUUUUAUUUUGUAUAUGCGUGCUCGAUAAUGUACACGAGUCUAUAUAUUACAAAUACUACGACAAAAUAUUUCCGAGGUGUUAUGCGUUUAAACAUAAUGUAUAGAUUAUUCCGACCGGUACCUACGAUAAAAUUGUAAAAUAUAUAUAUUGAUGGUACCUACUACAUAAUAUUGUAUUGCGUAAUUUUACAACGCAUUGUGAAUUGCGAUGCAAUGAUUUUUUUUCCGGUCGUAAUAUAGGUAAAAAUUUUCUGUUUCCGUUUUGAUAUAUAACAAUUCACAACACAAAAUAUUAUUCAUAGGUAUUGAAUUUAAAUAGAUUUUUUUUAUGGUACUUAUUUAUAAUUAUUUAAUACAUUUUAAUAUUGCCUGUAAUUGUGUGCUCGUGACUCAGAACAAUCGAAACACGCAUAUACCAUAAAUUCGAAUUUCGAAUAGUUUUCAAACUUCAUAAUAUUUUUAUUUAAAAUGUAUAUUUACUCGAACGGUCCGAGGAGUUACAUAGUUACCUACACUAUUUAGUAUUUGAUAAAUUAUUAUAUAGGUAGAUGUAUGAAGUACACAAACAGUAUAAUUUCAAAAUAAAUCAAUUUUUAAACGGCCAACGGUCGUUUUCCGAAGUUUAUAUAAAUUAUUUACAAAAACAAUAAGAAAAUUAGUAUUUACUUCUACAUUUUUAUUUUACGUAAAAAAAUAGUAAUAAUUUAAUUUUUCGUUUAAUAAUUGUUUUAAGACUUUCUACAUGCUUUAUUUCUACGGUUGAUAAUGAUAUACUGUAAUAAUACUUGUAUAAUUAUACAAAUAUUUUUGUACGAAUGAAAAAAUGGAUGGUACGUAAAAAUCGUACUCCGUAAGUAAUGAAUAACGUUCUAAAACCAAAGAUAAUUAUUAUAGUCUCACACUAUAGAAAACUUGAUAAAUAAUAUAAACUAUUAUGCGGUGUGAAAUGUAUAAUAUAUAUAUUUUAUAAAAGUCUGAUUUUCGUCGAGUCUGUGAACAAUGAUGAUAUAUCAAUACAUCGUUGUACGUUGUACGCGCGUCUUUAUUACGACGUUUAGUUAUAUAUUUAAACGGAUUAUUUUGUACAUUUAUAUCGGUGUUAAACUGUAAAAAAAAAAUAAAAUAAAUAAUAAAAUUCCCAAAACGGUUUGCGUUUCAUAUAAUAUACUCGACCUGGGCGUAUCCAAGUCAAUUAAUCGGAUUAUCUACCUAAAAUAAUUUAAACUCGUACGUAUGCUUUAUACACACGCGCAGUGCGCACACUAUACAAGCACCUACGCUUAUUAUAUCGUUAUCCCUUAACCGCUGGACAAAAAACGCUAUGAUUAAAGCACGCCGAGAGUGUGCAGUUACCUGUUCUGUGAUUAAAGUUUAGAAGAAUUACUUACUUACAAUGAUAUUUCCACAAAGCUUUUUUUUUUUUUAAUAUAAUUAUUAAAAAAUACUAUCGAAUAUCUGACCUGUUUUAUACCACGUUUUAUAGGCACUGAUAACAAAUUGACAAAUAUAAAAAAGUAUAAAAGUGUUAGUCGAUCACAAAUAACAUUUAAAUUUAAUUAAAUUAUGCUCUUCAGAAUAGUAUAUGAGGAUGAUUAGUUAUAUUUUUUUUUCAUCGUAGCUAAAAUUCCAAAAUUAUCUAACUCGGAGUAGACCACUACGGUGCCAGAGACUCGUCGACAAUGAUCAUAUUACGUUUUUAUUUUUAUCAUACCAAGAGUAAUUAAUUUCAUUAAAUACGUUCAUAAUAUACAAUAUCUCAUCGUUUAACAUUACAAAUUUAUUGGAUAUUCAGAUAAUCGGAUGCAUAUUUAUUGCAAUCCAUCAAUUUUAAAAUAUAGAUUUAAUGAUUUUAAAACUUAUAAUCAUUAACUAUUUUCGUCCGACAUUACCUACAUACGUAUAAUUAUAAUACCAUGUCAUUUUAUUAUUAUAAAAACGAGUUUUUCAUAGCCCAAAACUAUGGUAAAAUUGGAUGAUUUUAAAAUAUUAUUAUUAUUUUUAGGAUAAAUUUCCCUAAAAACUCAGUUUCUUUAGGUUUUUUGGAAUUUAGAUCCUAAUUAUGGGGUUCGUCAUAUUGAUGUAAAGAAUCCCAAAAUAAUAAUCACAUGCACGUGCUUUUGUGGAUGUGUGUGUCUGUGUGUGUGUGUGACCUCUGGUGCUUAAAAAAAAAAAAAAAGUAGCUAGCUAUUAUAUAGUUAAUACUAAAUAAUAUUAUGAACACUAGACAAUUAUUAAUAAGUAUCUAUGUAUACAUCUGUUAAAAUAUAUUAUAUAUAUAUAUAUAGAAUAUGUAUAAUUUUAAUAUAAUGUCAUCCUAAAUACCAUAUAUUUUAGACUGUAGUAACCUAUACCUAUACCAAAACCUAACUACAUAUGUAAUUUUAUCAUUACGUUUUUUAUAGUUCCUUAUUAUUUGUAUGUUUGUGUGUGUGUGUGUGUAUGUUGUGUUAUAAUUAAUCAAUAAUAAUUUAUAUUAUUAUAAAAUAAUAUGUAUACCUAUUAUAAUAUAAUAUUCUAUAUGUACAUUUAUAUAAUACGUGAUCGGUGCGCGGGUAAAUACCUAUAAGGGGAAUAAGUCAAUUUAUCGAUUAUUUUAUAAGGUAUAUUGUUGUAAUUCUACUUUAGGUACUUACCUAUACGGUACCUAUCUAAAACUGUACUAGUUUUUAUCAUUGUAUUGUAUUAUUAUUUUUGGUAUUGAAUUAGCCAUAAACAAUAUUAAAACCAUUUUACUAUUAUAUUAUAAUAAUCAAACAAGAAACGAGACGUUCCAUUUCCUGAAAAAUAGCAAUGUUUGACUCAUUCUCUUUGAUAAUUCUAGUUUUCGUAUUUGUUCAUGUUCAAAGCAUAUUUUUAUUUUUCAUCGCUAUAAUUACAUCAUUAUGUUAUACUAGCAAUGCUCUUCUCAACAAUUAUACCGUGUAAUAUUACAGAGAAAAUAUAUAUUCUAAUGGUAAAAUUGUAUUACCUACCUACUCAAACAUAUAUAACGUUUAUAUACAUGAUUUUCAUGCAUUUUAUAUUAUGUUUGAGAUAUUUCUAAUUUUAUUUUCAUUUUUAAAGUUUAGUAUAUAGAUAGCAUGCAUUGGAUUUAUAUUAUAAAUGUGCCUAAUAUUAUAUAAUGACUAUAAAUAAUACAAUUUAUUUGUAUGUGUUAAUAAUUUAAAAAAUUAUUUCAUUUUAUAUAAAAACGUUUAAAAAAAUUAAAAGCUUACACACAAGAAAUAUUUUAUGCGAGGUAAACAAAUUACAAUUAUAGAUCGUUUGAUUUGUCUGUAUAAUGAUACAAGCUGAAAUCGGGGUUUUGAGAAAGCAUUUUCUAUCAAACACAGUGUGGAAAUUACCGCACUGAAAAAUGAAAAAAAAGCUGUUAAUGAACAACACAUACAUCUAGGUACUACUCCUUUUUAUCCGCACACCGACAAAUAACAUAGGUAAUAUUUAUAAGUAUGUAUAGUAUAAUGUAUUAUGUAUACAGGAUAAUUUACCAAAAAUGAUCACUACCCUCAUUUUUUCUUCGACAAUGCAGUUGACAAAAUUUGAUUUCUAAACAUAAAGGUAUACUAUGACCAUACUCGUAUUAUUAGAGUAUACCUUAAACCACAAUUAAACAUUUUCUUAAACCUGUGGAGAUAUAAACUUCUUUUUUUCUAUUUUAUUUAAAUAAUUUAAUGGACAAUUUUUUUUUGAAAAUGUUGACAUAUCAAAACCGAAAUUUAAACGAGUAUUUUUUUGAGAUUUAACCUAGUGUCGGUAUUAAGGAUGAUAAGUCUACCUACCUAAUAAUGCGUGUGGGAGGAUAUGAAGGCUCAUAGUGAGCUUAAAAUUAUUGUAAUUGAUAUUAAUAUAGUAUAAACUUAUUAGUAAUUAUAAUUUGAAAAAAUGGUCAGGUAUAAUAAACAAUAACUAGAUUAAACUAGGUACCUAUACCUAUUUAAAAUUUAUUUUAUAAGACGAUUUUUAAGAACCAUUACCUUUUCAUACAUACAUUUUUAUACUGAAAUUCUGCACGUUCAAAUAUUGAAUUAGGUUUAUCAAUUAAUUUGAAAAACAGAAGUUCAUAUCACCCAGAAUAGAUACUCAUCCUUAAAUAAAAGGUACACAAAAUAAAUGAAUAAAUAAAAAUAAAUUCAAAAUAUGGUUGUAAUAUUUAAAAAUUCCAAGAAUCAGAAUUUUAUUUGAAUAAUUAAACACCUAGUAUCAAACAAAAAAUGGGGGUACGAGUAUACCUUAACGAUGUAUAACUUUUGUAAAUAAUAUUUAACACAUAUGUGAUACAACAAAUCGUUUGCAAAAUAAUUUAUAUACCAACACAGUAUACACUAUAAUAUUAUAUUAUAAUAUAUAUAUUAUCUAUUAGGUAAUUAAAAAGUGACAACCGAAAAAACAUAAUAUUAUUAAAUUAUAUUCCUUUAUCUAAGUUUUAUUUUAUGUAUUUAUUUAUUUUUUUAAUUAUAAGAAGUACCAAUAAUAUUAUAAUGCUGCAAUACGUGCUUUUUUUUAUUCAUUCAUUGUUGUAUUAUUAUUAUUAUUAUUAUUUUAUUUUUAAAAUGUAUUUUUUACUUUUUACCGAUUUAUACCUUUGAUUUAAUGUGCGUACAAAUUUUACCAAAGUCAAUAUAUUAUUAUAGGUUAUAUAGUUAUUACUAUUAUAUAAAUUAUUAUAUUGUAUACCUAAUACCUACCUACUUAAGUAUCAACAUACGUAUGACAGAACAAUAAACUGAAUAAACUACAGAUAUUUCUUUGUUGAAAUAUAAACCUAUGCUUAACUUAUUUAGAAACACAAAAAGUUUAUAUAAUAGAUAAUGUACCUAUGUAAUCAUAUAUGACAGCAGAAGAGUACAGAUUAUUGAAUACAGUUGCUAUCAAUAGGUGCCUAUGUACUCAUUGACGUUUAUUUGAAUAA